CGCCCUUCACACAGGAUGGCGUCUCGGAGCACUGCACAGUGACGGAGUUGGACGGCGAGCAAAGGAGGAGGAGGAGGUGACCAUAGGCGCAAUUGAAGAGGUAGAAGUGAAAUGAGAGGAAUUGGACGAAGAUAUCGAUGAGAAUACAAAGCCUUUUCCCGGGCCGUGGGCUGAAUGCACAGACUUGGGUUCUUAGCUGACCUCCUUUCUCCGUCCACGUUUUCUGCCGAGUUGCUCCCAGUUCAGCAGAUGGUUCUGCUCCACCUUGAGUUUGUGGAUAUUUAAGGAGUUCUUUUAACGCCAUCACAGAGACGGAGAGAAAGAAAAAAAGCAAGAUUCUCUCGUGGUUCUUUUGUUUUAUUUGAAAACCAGGAAAUGAAGACUGGAGGAAGUUUAUACAUGAACUCCAGACACGACUAAGGAAAUGUGAUGGCUUCUGCAGCAUGGCUUUGUCCCACUGCAACCUGCACUGACUGAAACAGCAGCAGUCAUGUUCAGUGUGGAGGACCUGCUGAUCUCACAUGGAUAUCAACCACCAAAGAAAACUUCAAAGGACAAGCCCCCGUCCUCGAACGAGAACACCUUCGCCGGCUACCAGCGGGAGGCCAGAGAGAACAGGUCCACCCACGGCACUGUGAACGGGUAUGAGACUGACACUGGGGCCUACCUCGCCAGCAGGCAAGCACAAGUGAAGGGCUACUUCAGUGACAACGAAUGCAGGGAAGGGAACGCCUGGAGACAGGCUGAUGUCAGUCAUUGUGCUGAUGUGCACAAUGUGCCCACCACGUUUGCUGUGAAAGAAGCCGGGCUGAAUGGUGGUCCUCCAUUACUCUGCCCAUCUGGACCAAAAUCAGAGAAGGACAUCACCUACUGGAGACGAAGAGGACAAGACUUCAGUGUUUUACUAGAUUAUACAAACCGAGGGGACUCAGACUACAGGGGAUACAAUGCAACAAAAACUCAAAACAUUCCAAACACUGAACAAGGAGCAAUGCAUCUUCAACAUGCAGCACUGAAGGAAAAGCAGCGUACGGCAGAGACGAGCAGAAUAAAUGAGCAAAAGCAUUGGUUUGUAGAAGGUCAGAGUAUGAUGGCGAAGGAGAUGUAUGAGGACAAGUGGAGAUUGCCAGAGGAUCGGAUGUGCCAAAGCUUGGGCACGGAGGAAUGGAGGUCUUCUUUGGGAAGACAACUGUCUGAUGGGAAUGGACACAGGUUUGGACAUGGCCUGUUUUCCCAAGUAGUUGGUAACGAAGCAUGUAAAACAGAAAGAGGACAGAAUAUAAGAAAGGAAAAGUCUCAGUCGCUGCCCAGAGUUGUACCAGAGAGCAGUGGCAACGAAUUUCAGACAAGUCUGCAUUACAUUGAUAUGUCUGGGCUGGAUGGAGAUAGAUUGGAAAAUCAGCGUUUGCAGGGCUAUAAAUUACAAGACAGCAGCUCAUAUUUUAAUUCUAAAGCAAGUUCAAACUUUACUGAAAGUUUUGGGCAAAGUGCUCAGUUUGCGCUGUUGUCAAAACCGAAGUUCAGUCGACCACUGAAACCUCCUUCCUAUGAACUGUACCAGCAAAUAAGGAGAAGUUCAGAGAUGAUACCUAGUCUCCAGGUUCGUGGAGAGAACGAUGAGCAGGUGACCUAUUUUGCCAAGGACGAAGCAAUUGCAGGGUCGAAUUCCUACUCCCAAGCUGCCGCUACUACUACCAGCCUGGAGCCACCAGGCUACGUGCCUCCUCCAUCAUACAAAGCACCACCUCAGCAGAAAGUCAGUCAGAAAUGUUCCGAUAAAGUGCCUAGCUGUAACAACAUGUGCCAACCCUACCGGUCAGCAGAGACUCCUAGUGAUAAGGCUCAUUGGUCUCUGGAACAUCAGGAGAGAGACUGUGCUCAGCAAAAGCAGAUACUUAUCAACACUGGCUCCAAAGAACAACUCCUGCAAGCAAAGAGCACACCUCAAGAAAGGGAAAUUCAUAAUUCAUCGCAUAAUGGUUACAUGGAUGAUCAAAAGGCUUUUGUUAAAUACAUCCCCUUUGAUGAUCCUCGAAUCAGACAUAUUACUAUAGUGCAGUCAGAGAAGCAAUAUGGUGAGGCCAAUACUAAACAUGAACAGCGGAAUGCAUGGGACCGUGCUCCCAAUGGAAACAAAACAUUUGAACCAUCAGACCAUUGCAGUGCCUUUUCUGUUCCACUUGGGUCAGUUUAUUCCACUCAGGCAGGGCUGAGGCCUAUUGUUGAUUGUACAUCUGGCAACAGAUGGUUGGUUGCAUCCAAGCCAGAAAAUCAGAAUGGUACGAAGUCUGACCAUUGUUGCAAACCAUAUGUCAGAAACCAGUGUGACUCCUCAUUAAAGUCUAACUCAACAGUUUGUUCAAACACAAACCAGCCAGCAGCUUUUCCACAGCCAAGCACCAACACUAGACAGGAAGCACAUACGAAUCAAGGCACUUUUGAGACUAUAACCCAGGUAAAAAAGUGGGAACCAGAUUCUCAGUGCUUUGAAAUUCAAGAAAAGAAACGUCCAAAAAGAAGAAUGACCGAGACUAUAUUUUGCCUUGUGUCGGUUCCGGUAAAAACACAAGAAGACUGUUCAAACGGAGGUACUGUAAACGUCGAGGUGAGUGAUGCGAAUGCUGAAAAGGACACAGAUGAAAGUGCUGGAAACUUAACAGAACAAAGUCUCUUGAGCAUGUCUUCCUCUGACCUGGAGUUACAAGCAUUGAUGGGAAAUAUGACGGCAGAAAAUGGGCUGAAGAGACCAGAGAUAUGGAAGGAUGUUAGCAAUAGACAUAGAGCUGGCUAUAAUUUUAACCAACACAAUGUAUUGAGAGCCACAGGUUCCUGGCCAGGUGACCAGUAUAGAGAUCAAGAAACACAAACAAGUUUCAAUAAAGCUCCCCGGAGUGCUAAGCAAAUCACUGGGAUUAUGAAAAAGCUUGCAACAGGCAGCCAGACACAAAGCCAGAACUGUUCAGAACCUGCAGUCGUGAAAGACAAUCAGAGAAGUGAGGAAGUUACAACCAUCAAUGACCAGAAAUAUAAACAGAGCGUAUUCUCAAUAAAUGGUCAAACAAGCUUAUAUCCAUCUACCAACAGUGCUUUCUCAAGGACAACUUCUGCACAGAAUCAGGUUAGCAAUGUUAACGCUCACCAAAGUUAUCUUGAAGUGUCUUCAAAAAACUUGCGUGAAAAAGACGUAAGCAUAGAAGACCUUGUGGAGUAUAACGUAAGGGGAAUACAAGCAACCUCCAACAAUAGCAGAGAGGCUGUAGGGUUUGGACAGUUCCUCUUGAAGCCUGUAAACCGGCGACCUUGGGAUGCAAUAAGCGAAUUGGAAAGUUUCAAUAAAGAGAUUCAGGAAGUCGAGGAUCAUAACAGGCAGUUUAAGGCCAAGGAAGAUGGCGAUCAGACUGAGACCCAACCAGCAAACCCAGAUGCAGACGGUUCAAAUGGACAAACGGUAAAAUGUCAGAAACCCACUCUGCCUGUGCCUGAAAAAUCUUCAGCCAAAAUUAGCAAGGCCAAAGAAGAGUUGGAAAGUCGCGAAAGUCAAAUGUGCCACAAUGACAUGUACAUCACUUCUGAAUCACAAACAUUUUCGAAAGUAGGUGCUGUUGACAGGAAGCAGGGCAGCCAGUCAGGUCAUUUGUUUUGGGACCUUCUCAACACAAGAACAUUGGAUUCUGAAGGCAGUACAGGCAUAAAAGCAUCAACAGCAAAAGGUGUACAAUUUACAGAAGUAAACCAUGAACAGAAUGUAGAUGGCAUCAGUGACAAAAGGCAAAAUAAAAGCAUCAAUGGAGUGAGAAAGCGUAUGUACUAUUUAAGUGAAACAGCGGCAGAAAGCAACAGGAGUAAAGACAUAUCGACCAAUGCUAUGGCGCCAAGCAAACAAUCCGUGCCCAAUGACACUGAAUGUGAUGAUACGAUUGGAUUGACUCUGGUUCACAAAGAUCCGGAUUAUUUUGAAACUGAGCUGAACUCUCGAAAGUGUCAAAAAAGCACAAAACCAAAUGUCGAUAACCUUAACGACCUCUUUGAGCAGAAGACUGCAGAAUUGGCCAAAAAUGAAUCACUGGAAGAAAGGGCCUCAAGGAUUUUAGGAAUAGAGGUAGCAGUGGAAUCGUUGAUUUCUUCGGGGAAAAAAAUCAGGAACCAGGAUGCCGAGGAAAAUGAGACAAAAUGUUUCGCAGAGCAGGAAGUCAUCUGUUCUGGUCAUUUUCCAUCAGGCAAAAUGUACUCUUCCGUAGAACCGCUAUGGUGUGCAACAACAGACCUUUCGGAUGUGAAUAAGCUACCAGAAUGGAAACAAAGCCCAUUCAAUGGAACAGCCCCUUGGGUACCUGGUGAACACAAAGCGCUGGGGAAUAAAUUGCCAAAACGACCCAGAGAAAAGAACGAAGAUUCACAGUGGGAGAAAAGGGCCAUCAUAAACGAGCUGUUCCAUGGACCGUUCACGGAGUUCUACAGUUGGGCUGACAAACACUGCUGCUUUAGCACAGAGGGAGAAACCGUCCCUGCUCCAGGCGCGGACAGAAAAAGUCGGAACACGUCGGAGAUGAUCGGUGCUCUGCAGGGCAAGCUGUCAGUGUCGCCACAUCGAGCUGCUCUCGAUCGCUUGGCCAGAAUGAAGGAAGUGGAUUCAGUUUCUCGCAUAAGACGUCUCAGCAUCAAAAGUACCGAUUCUGGAGAUGAACUGGAGGAGGAGCAAUACAGCGCAGAGCAAGGAGAGAAGGAAAGUGGUGUCUAUGUAUCAGCCAGGAAGGAAGGCACUUGCACAACAAGCUUAAGUGUCUCUUUGACCAUCAAGACGACAUCACUGGACCAUGACUUGAAGCCUUUUGUGUCUUCGCGAACAACUGAUGCUGAGAGCAGAGAGAAUGGAGAUGCUUACGACCCCAGCAAAGUCGAAACUGUGUGAGAGGACGUGAAUGAAGGGACUUCAGGAAAACGUUAAGGUUUUUACACUGUGAUCUGGUUCACAAGACUGCCUUCCAUCAAAUGCAAACAUCUGGCCUGCCUUCUGCACGCACUGUUUAUAUUAAUAAAUGUAUUGAUAAAGUGCUGUAUCACUGCCAGGAGGAAGUUCGUCAGACACAGAAGCCUCUGUUAACCUUGCAGUAUAUUGACAGAAGUCGCUGGAAACACACAGCAGGUCAGGCAACAUCCAGGGAGAGAGGAAAACCUUUCCGUAGAUGCAACCUUGCAGUGUCUGAUCAGACCGUAAUCUCCAGUGAAGAUUAGAGCCUUCUGCAUUGAACAUCUCUUUCUGGACUCGAUAGGAAACAUUGGCUGGAUUCACUUGCAUACCAUGUGCUGAAUUGCUGCCACUUUAUCACAACCGUUGCCUGUUUGUGAGGGUGCAUUCUUAAGCCCAGUUGAAUUUGCAAUCAUCUGCAAAUUGUUCUGUGAAACAUAUACAUGCUUUCAAAUCACCUAAUUCCUUCAGUGUCUUCUUCGUUUACAGGGUAAUGUGAACGUUGCAGGGAAUUAUGCAGUGAACUGCUUUCUUCCAAUUAAUAUUAAUGUAUAAAAGAAUUGUUAAAAGAAAAUAUUGUGUGUAGCUCACAGUUUGCAAUAUAUAAUUUUAUUAGAGACUAAAUUAAGUAGGUCUGAGACGUGCACUAACCGUGAGUCUCUACUCCCCCACCACUCCCCAUCAUCGAUCUAAUAUUUGGAAGUUAAAUAAUUCGCAGACAGCAUUUUCAGUGUGAAGCUUAUUGCAAAAGAUGAUUCCACUGAGGCUGUGUCAUUCACAGUCACAGCCAGUCCUGUUCAGUGUCAUUAUGGUGCUGAUACUGUGCAUCCAGCAACCUGUCUGUUGUCGUGAAUCUAGAAACUGGUGAGCAAACCACAGAAUAAUAGUCUGAAAAAGCACCCGUAAUUCAUAGGAGUCUUGGUAGCAGUGGUUAGAGCAAUCACCUCGUAAGCAAGAGGACCUGAGUUUGAUU